UGGACAGGCCUAGUGGUCAAGACAAGAAAUAGUAGUGAGUACCGAGUACCAGUAGAAAUGGUAGAGAGGGAUUCCAUAACAGUUACACUGAGCACAAGAUAAGUAUAACAAACCUCCAAUCCGACCUUCCAAGUAAACCACAAAAACCAGCCUCAACGAAAUUUCUCUCUCUCUCUCUCUCUCUCUCUCUCUCUCUCUCUGUUUUAGGGUUUGUGAAACAAAAGGUAAAGCUCAUAGCAAUGGAGGAAGAAGCCAUUUCGAAAUCGGCGGCGGUGACGGCCUGCACCGCCAUGGCUUUAUUGUACGUUGCGAUUCUUCACGCUCCCACUUUGAUCCUCCGCCUCCCACCUCCUCCCUCCUUCAACAGCUUCAUGAUCCGACGCUUCAUUUGCGCCGCCAUUUCCUCCGUUCUCUCUCUCCUCAUCUGCACUCUCAUCCUCCCAAUAAGAAGUAAGGAGGCGUCAAUUCUAUUCGAUGUUUACGGAAUCCGAGUUGAUCAUAUAUGGCAAGCUGUGGUGUUUCCUGUUUCCUUGACUUGUUUAAUGUACGCGGGAUCUUUGGUCCUCAAGGCUCUGCUCUUGGUGGAUAAGUGGAGAGAGCGUGUGAGUCGAGGUGAAGAACUUUCGUAUGAGUACAUCCAAGGUUCAUUACAAGGGUUUAUUGAUUUGAUAAUUUCGGUUGCUUCCAAUGUUUCGGCUUGGCGUAAUUUUGUUGUGGCACCACUUACUGAGGAGCUGGUCUUCAGGGCAUGUAUGAUACCUCUACUUCUCUGUGGAGGAUUUAAACCGUACACUGCCAUACGUCUGUGCCCUAUUUUCUUUAGUUUAGCACACCUAAACCAUUUAAUGGAGUUCUACAGCAAGCAAAACUUUAGCUUGAUAAAAACUUUCAUGGUUGUAGGUCUCCAGCUUGGCUACACUGUUAUAUUUGGUUCAUAUGCAUCUUUCCUCUACAUUCGAACUGGACAUCUUCUUGCUCCAGUAGUUGCUCAUGUCUUCUGCAAUUUUAUGGGAUUGCCUGCGCUGUUUUCACGGAGGAAUGGAAUGGUAAGUGUAGCAUUUGUUGCAGGAAUGGUGGGCUUCCUCUGGCUUCUUUUUCCAAUGACACGCCCAGAUUUGUAUAAUGAUAGAUCAGAUAGUUGCAAAUGUUGGCAUGGAUAUUGUUGUUGGAGCUAAUUAUGUGAAAUUUUAGAGAAUAGAUAGUUUUAUAAAAAAUAAAACUUGAAGUUGAAAAUUGGGGAAAAUAGAAAGAAAGCAAAUGAAACUGAAAAAACAAGUUUAUGCAACCCCUUCGGUAUAUUACUUGUUACGUCAUUCAUUUCA